AACCACUUCCUCCCCUUCUCCCAAUCGGCCAUGUUUAAUUUGUCUCAUUCACGAAAAGUUAUGUAAACAAAACAGGAAAGUCGCGAUUUUGGAGGCGAAAGUGACGAUGCAUUAGGUUACUGAAUUGCAUUGUGAUCUUCUGUCCGGAUGCUUGUUUGAGCAGACUGAUCAUUUAUCAGCAGCCGUGGGAAUAAAAGACUAGCGAGUGAACUGCGCGUGAGACAACGGCAGCUUCAUAAUACUUUGGCAGACGUGUUACAGUAAACCAUGAGGAAAAAGCAGAAUGUGAAAAACAGAAAAGCAGAAGAGACAACGAUCGUACAGGAGUUUGCAGUGGAAAAAAUCACCCGCAGAAGAGUACAUGAAGGAAGAGUUGAAUACUAUUUGAAGUGGAAAGGCUUCACAGAUGCGGAGAAUACCUGGGAACCAGAGGACAACCUGGAUUGUCCUGAGCUAAUAGAGGAGUUUCUCAGAAACCUGUCUGUCACAGGAGAAACAGAACCAGACGGGUUUCAGUCUACAUACCAUGAUGUCCAGCCUAAGCAAGAGUUAACUGAGGUCGAUACUGAUACGGCUCACCAGCGGUCUCCGAUGGAGCUCAUUGAGAGAAGUAAGGAAGAGGCUGGCGAUCACAGCUCUGAGAUCCCUGCAGGUCAAUCCAGCCACCCAGAACCAGACUGCAUUAUCGGAUCCACAGACCGACAGGGAGAGCUCAUGUUCCUCAUCAAGUGGAAAAACACAGAUGAGGUGGCUUUACUGUCAGCCAGGGAGGCUAGUAAAAGGUGGCCCCAGAUGGUAAUCGGCUUUUACGAGGACAAGCUGACCUGGCACGCAGAAGAGGAGCCAUAAGAGGAAAAAUAUGGAGCAGUGGAUAAUACUGUACCUCCUGGCGGCUUUAAACGUGGUCAGAAACGCAAACACUGUGGCAAAAGUUGACUGUUUGAUUUACCACAUAUCCAUAGUCUGUGAGUCCACACUUCAAUGUAAACACACACUGAACCUGGAGAAAUGUGAGUAUUAGAGUUCUGCUGAAGGGUAUGACAUGUACAAAUCUAUGUGUUGGAAACUGUGUUAUGCUGAAGUGCUUUAUUAAUCGUGGUUGUGGUCAUUUUAGGCUGGGUAGGCAAUUCGUUACAGAAACAGUUUGUGUUAUGCUAGUUGAAAAAUGAUGUUUGAUUAACAAAGUAUAGAAUUACGCAGCUUCCAGCCAUUAGCCAUUACGUCUCUCGUCCAUUCCAAACAAAGAGAAAACCCUAUAAAUAGUCAAAUCGCCUCACCUCUGUCACUCCACAUUUUGCAGUAUCCCUCCUCCACCCCGACUCCUCACUUUUAAACCCUCUAUUUACGGGGUGGGGUGGGGGGGUGUGUUGGGGAGAGCUCCGGGCUCGGGCAAACACCGAGAUCAGAGCCCUCGCCCCGGACAAAGGGGAGAACCUGGACAGCACGCCAAAUAUGCUUACAGAUUCUCUGCUUUAUUAAACUGCCGCCUAUUUUAAUUAUUUGCUAAGGCGAACUCGUGGAUCUCUUCACAUCCUUAGCAAUCGCUAAGUAACAUGGUAUAUAAAUAUAAAUAUUUUGUGGAAGGUGCAGGACCAUAAAAUGUUCGUCCAAUGAUUGCAUUCGGUCCGAAUGCAUUGAUAGGAUGUCCCACUUGUCUGUCAAACUAUGUAUUUGCAUACCGCUGCUCACCCUCCUCGCUAGGCAAUGUUCUGUCAUCAUCACGUUCUUGUGUUUUAGAGGAGGUGUGGCUUUAGAUGGCGCUCUGAAGGGAAGGUGGGAUUUUAUGCUUAGUGCUGGCUUACUAUAUUGUUAGCCUCUCCGAAACGGCCUACCCUUUCUUUAACAAUCUGUUGUUGUUUAUUAUGUUUUGUUCAUCAUUCUGUUAUGUGUAAGGACAUACUGUUUAGUAAGAGAUUCAGAGUGGACACUACUUGCUCAAUAGGAAUUGUUUUUAUGUGUAGAUGUACUUACUGUAUUAUGAACACUGUCUGUACUACAAUAAAUCUGGUGACGUGUGGGGUCUUAUUGUAGCUCAUGCUGAUAUAACUAUAGAUUUGCACAAUAUUAUUGUAGAAUAGCUUGUACAGUAAACAUGGUGGCACACAAGUUGUUUUUCAGCUACUGUCACAAUCACAGUAUGUGUUAUUUCAUUCAGUUUAUAUUUUUUCGUCAAAGACGUCCUCUGUAUUUCUAACUUUUUGUUGUUUUGGUAAAGAUCACUGUUAGCGUUUAAUCCUGUGUGAACUAUCUACAGGUGCUUCAAUAAAUGUGAAAUUACCUCAGAAAUGUUGUGAUUCUUUAUAAAAUGACAUCAUGGCUAUGUGUAAUUGUCAUUAAAGAACAAAUUUAAAAAA